GCUUUGAGUUCACUCUCAUGGUUGUGGGGGAGUCUGGCCUUGGAAAGUCCACACUGGUCAACAGCUUGUUCCUGACAGACCUUUACCCAGAACGACACAUCCACUCAGCUGCAGAAAAAAUCAAACAGACUGUGAAAAUUGAUGCGUCCACAGUGGAGAUAGAAGAAAGAGGAGUGAAACUUCGACUAACAGUGGUAGAUACCCCAGGAUUUGGUGACUCUCUUAACUCCAAUGACUGCUUCAAGCCCAUCAUUCAGUAUGUUGAUGACCAAUUUGAACGAUACCUACAAGACGAAAGUGGUCUCAACCGACGCCACAUCAUUGAUAACCGUGUUCACUGCUGCUUCUAUUUCAUCAACCCCUCAGGUCAUGGGUUACGUCCCCUUGAUGUGUCAUUCAUGAAGGCUGUUCACAACAAAGUCAACAUUGUACCCGUGAUUGCCAAGGCUGACACACUCACUCUACAAGAAGUGUUUCUUUUGAAGAGAAAGGUUAUGGACCAAAUAGAUGAACAUGGAAUUAGUAUCUACCCACUGCCCGACUGUGACUCGGAUGAAGACGAGGACUACAGGGAACAGUGCCGCCAGCUCAAGGAAGCAGUGCCUUUUGCAGUUAUUGGGGCCAACACAGUUAUUGAGGUUAAAGGUCGCAAGGUCAGAGGUCGCAUGUAUCCAUGGGGAGUAGUUGAAGUAGAAAACCCAGAACAUUGUGACUUCAUCAAACUCAGAACAAUGCUGAUCACACAUAUGCAAGACUUACAGGAAGUCACACAGGAGGUGCAUUAUGAGAACUUCCGAGCUGAAAAACUUGCUGAGGGAGGAGGAGCUGCAGCCAAGAAAACAGUCAGAAGGGGGCGAGGUGAAGAGGUCGAUGCUCAAGACAAACGUAGACCAGAAAGUCAAGCCCAGGAACUGACAGACCGUGAGAAACAGCUGGUGGAGAAAGAGGCCGAGCUACGCAAGAUGCAGGAGAUGUUGGCUCGUAUGCAAGCUGAAAUGGAUGCUCAGAAACACGGCGGAACUCCGCAGAAAGUCCAACAGAAUGGAGGUGUCAAAUCACAUGACGUGUAGGCCAUUCACACUCAGGGUUUUCAUAUUUUACUCAUGGACCAUCACCAUAAUGUCGGACACAUUAAAGUAUAUACAGACAGCAAGGAAUAAUAACUUCAGCAGACGGCAUUUGAUCGGACCUAAUCAAGCAGAAACAUUUGAUCUGACAUCAUUAGUAACCUGUAUUUAUGUGGCUAUAAGUAUACUUUGUGGCCUGACCAAUACUUUUGAGAGAGCUGUGAGAUAUUUUACUUGGACUUGCCCUGUAGACAAUCAUACAUUUCCACUGCUGGGCUUUGGUGUGUAAAAUUGGAAUCAAGUAUUGCUCAGUCAAAGGGAGUUAACUCUGUUUAGUCCAACUCAAGUGAUGAUAAGUUGGUAAAGUCAGUGCAAUUUAUUAUAGAACAAUUAGUCACAAAUGUUGAGGAAUUGAUGGAUAUGAAUUUGCUUAUGACUAAAUAUAAUAGAAUGAUGAGAAAUAAACAAUAUGGCAAUGUUUGUGAAUUACUUGUGAAUAUGAAAUCUCUGUAAAUUUCUGUGUUAAAAAAAACUAAAAACAAAAAAAUCAUAAAAAAAGGUGAAAAAAGGAACUUUAUGUUAAAAUUUGUUUGAGGUAUGUUUCAAAACCACUCCAAAACAAAACUUGAAACUUUCUUUACCAAUUGUAAGACUAGUCUGGAGCAGAAAUGGACAUAAUGUGUCUUUUUAUUGUGUUUAUUAUUGAUUUUUUAAUGUUUGUACAGUAUAAGAUAUAAGUUAAGGUUUUUGUUAGCUCCAGCUGUUAGCAUUAUACAUUUAAAUAUGCCAAAACAUGUUCUGUACAGUCUAGCAUUGUAGUAAUAGGUGCUUCAACAUGUUUUGGGGCUUUUUUUUUUUGCUUUGACAUUUAUCAAUCAAUCAACAUCUGGAAGUUCAGUUCUUUAAAUGAUUACAAAAUAUCAGUGUUAGGAUAAUAUUUUAAAACUUUGAAUAUCUGUCAAUUUAGUAUUGUUAUUCUUUGUUUAAUUUUAAUUUUUUCAGUUCAAAUGCAUCAAAUAAAUUAGUUGGAGAUGUAUUCUUUUCCACUAAAAAAUGAUUAUUCCUGUAAUAUGGUAUGAAAAUAACAAAAAAAAUAAGUUCUGAUAAAACAGAAAUAUCUGCUCUGGGUGUUAUUUAUCAUGGAUUAUGAUUUUAAGCAUAAAAAUGCUUUUUGUUUAAUAAACUGCGAAAAAAAUGAACACAAACCAGGAGAUGAAUCCUCUUCAGGAUAAUUUUUAAGAUACUGAAGAAAGUACCUGUCUGAGAGGGAUUUUUUAAUCAGUCUGAUACAAAUUUGACUAACCAAAUUAAAGAUACUUAGUUCCUUUUCUAUAAUACAUUUUUAUUUAUUUAAAUGAUAUAGAAUAUAUACAUAGAUAUUAUCAAUAAUUACUUAAUGUAACAAAGAUAUAGAUUCCAUAGUGUUCUAUUGUUCCUAAUAAAAAGUAUUAUUUCACUUGGUUUUCCAAUUCACCAAUCUGUGAUCUUAUAUGUUAAAUUGAUACAUGCUUUGUGAUUGGUUGAAAUUUAACAAAUUUUUACUAAUGGAAUGAGUUUUUGAAACUGAUUGGUGAGUUUGUAACCAUGGUGACCAAUAUGUUUGUUGUUCUAACCCAGAUGUAGUGUUGAUAUUUGUAGAUAGAGGUGUUUUGUUGUGUGAUUGUUGUUUUUGGUGGUCAGCACAGUGGCAAACAUAUCUCGGACUUCCUGAGAUCAGGCCCUGAUUUCUGGAAACUCAAAUGAAAUUGAUAUUUUAAGUUUGCUAGAGCACUUUUUAAAAUUAAUUUGGAAGUAGGUAAUGCAAAAAUUGUUAUAAUGAUACAAUAAAUAAUUCUUCAUUUCAAUGUAACUUGAUUUUUCAGUUUUAAAUUAAAGAAAAUUUCAUAUUAUAACUAAAGACUUUGGUGAUUUGCUUUUUAUUUCAGACAAGGAAAUUGUAUCAAGUUUUCUAGAUAAAUCAAUAACAACCCAAAUCUACCAAAUGGAUAUUGAAGUUUCCUAGAGAUUAGGGUCAGGUUUGUUUUGAUUCAGAUCACAUUGAUAAGGAUAAUGGAAAAAAAAUCAUCAUUUGUGCAAUAACCAAUCCUAAAUUUCUUGUGUUAUAUUUUUCCAAACUCCAGUCCUGUCUAUUUAUGUCAACACCAUGUAUCUUUUUUAACAGAAAUUUUCCCUCCCUACAAUAAAUUGUUGUAUAAUAAAAUUAUUUUCCAAAAUUAGCAUUUCUACUCUCACGCAAGUGCCAUUUUUGACGUCUUCUAAGAAACACUAUUGUCAUUGACCUAUUGUUUGUGGUGUUAUUUUGUUACAAAAUCAUCAGUUUUUUUAAUUCAUGGGGGAAACGUAGCUAUCAUUCAGACUGCAAAAUUUCUGUCCAGUUUUACGAUAAUUUCAAAUAAUUUUUAAUUCAUUUAAGCGAGAUAGAUGAUAGUAUGGGGAAAAGAAUGGAAAAGAAAAUUCUGAAAAAUUGAUAGAUCUUUUACUAGUAGUAUACGCAUAAUAUAACAUUGUAUUUAACUAACAUUUGUAUUUAGCAUUGUAUUUUUUUGCAUCGUAAUGACAUCGCAAUGACUCCAAAAACAUAUAAAUGUGGUCGUACACUGCUGGGUUUUAUUUGUUUAUUUUGAGGCUUUGCUUUAGAAAUGAAAUUUCUUUUGCUUGAAGCAGUAUUUACCGAUCGAGAGAGCUAAAUUUUUAGCUAAUGUCAAACAGGUGGAAUCUUGUUAAUCCUGAUCACUAACUUCAUAACAUGGAUUUGCAAUUCAAUGAUUUGCCAUUAUACAUGGAGGAAAGGACAACUCUACAGUAUUGAUGACCUGUACACAGGUCCAACUUUGAAAUGAAGUUUUGAAUGUAGUAUCCAGUUUUUAAAAAAAUAUGAGAAUUUUGUGCCCCUUAUACCAGUGGUUCUUAAAAAGUGAUAAAAUUUUCAUAAAUGUUUCCAAAAUGAAGUUUUCAAAAAUCUGAAAAUAUUUUACUGCUUUAAAUUUUCAGCCCACCAUCUGAAAAGUUUUCUGAUUUUUUCUUAGGAUACUGAAAGUGUUCAAAUUGUAUUUGAGAAAAUAUUUAAUUAUUGAAAAUUUUAUUUCAUGACUUCUCAUGUGGGACAUUUACACACAAAGACAGGAUUGUCAUUUCUGUUUAUCUAAUCCAACAAGUUCUGGUGAGAAAGAGAAAUGUCAGGAUUGGUAAGACUCCACUUUAAACCAUGUACAUGUCACGAUGUAUUACAAUCAGCUAAUGUAUUUAAUCUGUAUGCUGCUUUUUGGCUUUAUAUGUUAGGAUGGCUGCUGUCUAUUAACCAUUCGAUCCAUCUACAAGUCAGUCUUGAUAGUGUAUAUUUACUGGCCAUGAUGAGAAUUUGCCAAGCAUAUCUGUAGGAAGUAAACAGAUAGUGAAGUGGUUAAGGUGUAGUUUGUACAAAGAAGUUUUCUGACCUUUUGUUUUUCCAUCAUUUCAUGACCUGAAUAUAAAAUUAAAUGUGUGUGAAAGCCAUAUGAAUUUGGAAUAGCAAUCAGUUUUAGAACUGUCAUAUUUUUAUUAUUCUAACAAUCGUAUACAAUAUCAAAUGUAAAAUUUAAAUUUUGAUUUAUUCAAGAGUUAAGUUGUGUUGGAAAUUGAAAAAAAAAAAUAUAGACACAUGUAAAUGGUAUUGAAGCGAAGCAUUGUAGCCAAACAGCAUUGAUGGUGUUAACAUUAUAUACAUGCUGUUGCUAUGGUGACAUCAACAAGUGUGCAAGCUUGACGACAGCAGCAUAGUCAGCUUUGUCAUCCUUUUCACAUCAGUUACUUCAAGUUGAUAUAAACCUGUUGACAUGUACCAUAAUUACUGUCAACAAAUGUGUGUGAAGUACCAACAUUUCUGUAACCAAUGGAGACUUUCACUAUUGUGUAUACCAUAUAAGGAAAUGUAAAUUGUGUAUUACCAUAUAAGGAAAUGUAAAUUGUGUAUUACCAUAUAAUGAAAUGUACAUGUGUAUUUCCAUAUAAGGAAACUUAUUCUUUUGAUAAGCCAUAUUCAUCUUUGCUAUUUGAAAAAAUUGUAAUAAGAAAUAAAAGCAAAAUUCUAUAUGCAA